UAAAGGGUAUGCUUUACACGUUCACUAAAUAAAUAUCUUAAAUGACGAAUAAUUAUAUGAACGAUUUACCAAACUCCUUUAAAAAACCACCUGCGAGAUUUUACGAGAUUUAGAAACUGCAUAGCAACCUGACGCUGAACCCAGCAAGUUAGAAAAACUAGCGUCAUGUCUGACAUACAUUCAACGGCAUAUCGGUACGAUGCUGUAUGUACGGAACUUGGAGUCACUCCUAAUCCAUAUAUUGUAAAAAUGCUGGAAAAGGAAAAGGAAGAAACCGUUUUCACUCUUGGUGGUAGAGAAAGCAGUGAAUUUAAGGAAAACAUGCAUCUAUAUCUGGCCGGAAAUAAUCAGCUACUGACAGACAAACGUUUGUUGGACCAAGAUAUGCUGGUCUUGUACAAGACACUGCAGAACAACCUGUAUGUUACAAGCUUAGACCUAAGAUUUAACAACAUUACUGAUGAAGGGGCCAAACAUAUUGCAAAACUUAUUGAGGAGAGUGCAUCAAUACGUGACAUUAAUCUGAUGUCAAAUGACAUCGGUCCAGAAGGAGGGGAGAUCCUGGCCAGAGCACUGCAGACCAAUGAAUCUCUGAAAGCUCUGAGAUUAACAGGAAAUAAGAUUGGAAAUAGAGGUGGCAUGGCUCUUGCUCAGAUGUUACAAGUCAACACCACUUUGGAGGCACUAGAUGUGGCAGACUGUGAUUUGACCAUAGAAAGUGUGAUAGCAUUGUCAACAGUUCUUCACCAAAACAAGACACUGAAGGCACUCAACGUCAACAGACCCCUUUUAUUUACUCAGCAGGAGGAGACAACUGUGCACUAUGCUAAAAUGUUAAAAGUAAAUACUUCCAUAGAAGAAAUCCAUCUACAAAAGUAUGAUAUGAGAGAUUUUGGGGCCACUCGUCUUGCAGAGAACCUGAUGCAAAACAACACUCUCAAAUGCCUGAACUUAAGCUGCAACAGAAUAACAAGAGAUGGAGCAUUAGAAAUUUCAAAAGUCCUGAAGGAGAACACAGCCAUUGAGGUUCUGGAUCUGGGAUAUAACAGACUGGAGGAUGAUGGGGCCUGUCACAUAGCAGAGGCCCUCAAAACAUACAACACAAAUCUCCAAACCCUAGUGGUUUCAUUUAACAACAUUGGAAACAAAGGACUGUGUGCAUUAGCUGAUGCUCUGAAAGUGAAUACAUCCCUCAAACAAAUCUUUAUCUGGGGAAACAAGCUGGAGGAACCAGCAACCAUAGCGUUUGCUAGUUUGCUGGAAAAUGGUCGCAUAGAGCCCCAGGAUACAGACAUCCGUUCUUAUGUUGUGGAUGGAGUGACAAAACUGUGUGAACUAAACAAUUCUAUCCGCAGACACUACUACUAUGCUCCAAGCUAUGGAGAUGAUGUUCCUAGCUGGCAGCCCAGGGGACAAAACCCAAGAGGCUCAGAUGUGGUGGCAAUCAAGAAUUUUACCACAUAUUAACUCUCAGUGAACCAAUAUCAUUCAUUCAUAUUAAUGUAUGUAAUUUAAUGUGCUCAUUAAAAUUUUUUUUGGAGGGGGGAGGGGGUCAUAUAUUUAGUAUUACCAGGUAUGCUGAUCAUAAAGCAUUCGCAUAUAUGUUGAUGAACUAUUGUUUUAAUGUUUUUUACAUUUCUUGUAAUAAAUCUCCGUGAAUAAUGUAAAUAUUAUAUAUAUAUACAUGUACAUGUAUGUGUAUAUUAAUGUUAAGUUUUGCAUGUGAUAAAAGUAAGUAAAAAUGUAUGGAAUUAAAAAUUGAAAAAAAUUAAA